CUUACGAAGACGACUCUUCAAUGCAAUAGGCAAUUGAUCAAUGUGACAAAGGGGUUUCUGCGAAACACCUUGUAACUUCGUGCUCUUAAAGGACACUGCGGUCGUUUGCCGGAACUUUGCUCGCUAUUUUGAUAAGAUCAUUGUAUAGGUUAUCAAUCAACUUCAGGUAGUUAUACUUUGUUCGUAUGGAUCCACAUAGUCAAUAACAGUAAUUUUCGAGCGCAAACUUGUUUGCUCGUGUGGCAACGAACACGUUUUGAUGCUAGCUAUCUAUUUCACAUUCACAGUCGUGCUAGACACGAUAAGCGGAAAGGGAUCAUUGCAAUAUCGCACGUGUGGUAGUUCCAGCACAGCAAGACAAGUGGAGAAAAUGAGCUUGCGUUGAUCUUGUAUGGCCUUAAACUGGGCACAGCUAUUCCAAGUCACACUGCCAAGCUCAAGGAGUUCCAACUCAUGCAGUUUUUUUCAAGUCGACUAUCUUAAAAGUACAUUCAAUGGUUUAUGCAGAAGAUUUGUUGAUGUGAGCGACUUUCUCCAAGUCAUGGACAUAUUCCAAUGCUGCAUGGAAAAGUGGUGGAGCUCAAGAAAUUUGAGGUUGCGUAUUACGCAUUAGGUAACAAGAGGGUCGUGGGUACCAGCUAGAAUGAUCUAUAAGAUGCUAGACAGACACAGACUAAUGUGGCACAAUCGCCCAUUGCCCAAGUUACUCGAAGAGAUAUUCUCUCGGCACCACGAAAUGAGCAAAUUAGCUAAGCGAUAGGCUGGGUAAGCAGACGUUGAGCUCCCAAAAUGUGUCAUUAGCUGUGCAUAACAGAUCGUCCUUGCCUCAUGUAAGAAAAACAGGUGUGAUCAAAUCUCACGAUUAGUGCACAGCACCUUUUCUUCUCUCUCCUACACUUGAUGACAUCAAUAUCGUGGAAAGUAAGGAAGCUUCUUUUCAAGGUCUGUCGUUUAAACGAAGACAUUUAAACUUGAGGAUAGCCUUUUUCGAAGCUUGUAUAAAAUGUGCUGAUGACCACCACCCCUUUCAAGUUCUGGACAUUAUGUGUAAAGAACAGUUUCUACGGACUUCUGCAGAACAAUGUCAAAACAAGAAAGUAAAAUUGACAAGAACGUAUUGAUGCAUUCACUUGUUUACAUCUCUGCACUUUUCA